CCUCUGUCUGAGUGAUAUUUCUGCAGAAAGCCACGUCUAUCCACCGUGUAGGAGUGGACGCAACAAUCAUACGACGCUGCUACUGAUGAUGCGAGCGCAGAUCUAAUGGAAUGAAUGAAUUCGCUUCAGAACGGCAGCGUCCUCCAUUGCAUCAUUUCACAAAUCUCACCAGGAGAAAACCAAUGACCGGACAACACAAGACAUCCCACAACAGGACGCGUCUAAAAAACUGACGGAACACAGCGGAGCGGUAGAUAGGGUGUCUCCAAAAACCAGGCGACCUGAAUGAAACCGCGUCAAUAAGGACACUUCUCUGAGGCUUCUCUGGACCAAUAAGGUGGCAUGGCUGGCCUGUCGUUCUGUGGCAACAAUGUGACCAAGAAUGCCUACAGUGUGGAUACGGGGAUGUUGAACAAUGGCUGCUUCGUGGACGCCCUCAACCUGGUCCCUCACGUCUUCCUGCUCUUCAUCACCUUCCCCAUCCUCUUCAUUGGCUGGGGCAGUCAGAGCUCUAAGGUUCAGAUCCACCAUAACACCUGGCUCCACUUCCCUGGACACAACCUGCGCUGGAUCCUCACAUUUACUCUGCUGUUUGUCCACGUCUGUGAGAUCGCCGAGGGGAUCGUCUCCAACAAACAGAUGGACACCAAUCACCUCCACCUCUUUAUGCCAGCGUUUAUGGGUUUCAUAGCAGCCACUACAUCUGUGGUGUACUACCACAACAUAGAAACCUCCAACUUCCCCAAACUACUGCUGGCUCUGUUUAUCUACUGGGUUCUGGCGUUCAUCACCAAGUCCAUCAAGCUGUGGAAGUUUGCAGAGUACGGUGUUGGAGUGCUGCACCUGAGGUUCUGUAUCACAGCCCUGCUGGUCGUUCUGUACGGACUCCUCAUGGCUGUAGAGAUCAACGUCAUCAGGGUCAGGAGGUACGUGUUCUUCGCCAACCCCCAGAAGGUAAAGCCUCCAGAGGACCUUCAGGACCUGGGCGUGAGGUUCCUCCAGCCCUUCGUCAACCUCCUCUCCAAGGCCACAUACUGGUGGAUGAACCCCCUGAUUAUAGGAGCCCAUAAAAGACCCAUUGAGCUGAAGAAGAUAGGCAAGCUCCCCAUCGCCAUGAGAGCCCUCACCAACUACCUGAAGCUCAAAGACGCCUACGAGGAUCAGAGGCAGAAUGCCGAGGACCCAGAGAAGGCUCCAUCCAUCUGGCGUUCUAUGUACCGGGCGUUUGGCCGACCCAUCCUCCUCAGCAGUACCUUCCGUUACCUGGCUGAUCUGCUGGGCUUCGCCGGGCCGCUCUGCAUCUAUGGCAUCGUCGAACAUCUCAACAAAAAGCCCGUCAAGGAAGGGAGUGUGGUCCCCUAUUUUGAGGUCUACUUCAUGUCGUCCAACGAGCUGCUCCAGAAUACGUCAGUGCUGGCUGUUCUGCUGUUCCUGGCCCUGGUGCUACAGCGAACCUUCCUACAGGCCUCCUACUAUGUCACCAUAGAGACCGGCAUCAACCUCCGUGGAGCCCUGCUGGCGAUGAUCUACAACAAGAUCCUUCGUCUAUCCACCUCUAACAUGUCCAUGGGAGAAAUGACCCUGGGCCAGAUCAACAACCUGGUUGCCAUAGAAACCAACCAGCUCAUGUGGUUCCUCUUCCUGUGUCCCAACCUCUGGGCCAUGCCAGUGCAGAUUGUGAUGGGCGUGAUCCUGCUGUACUACCUGCUGGGAACCAGUGCUCUGAUUGGAGCUUCAGUCAUCGUGCUGCUGGCUCCAGUCCAAUACCUGAUCGCUACCAAGCUGGCUGACACCCAGAAGAGCACCCUGGACCAGUCUACGGAGCGUCUGAAGAAGACCACAGAGAUUCUGAAGGGGAUCAAGCUGCUGAAGCUGUACGCCUGGGAGAACAUCUUCUGUGACAGUGUAGAAGAUACCAGGGGCAAGGAGCUCACCAGCCUCCGCACCUUCGCCCUCUACACUUCCAUGUCUAUUUUUAUGAAUGCUGCUAUCCCCAUCGCUGCUGUGCUUGUGACGUUUGUCAGCCACGCCCUGAUCAACAAGUCCAAACCCAGCUCCUCGGAGGCCUUCGCUGCUCUGGCCCUCUUCCACAUCCUGGUUACCCCACUGUUCCUGCUCUCCACCGUGGUCCGCUUCGCAGUCAAGGCCAUGGUCAGCGUCCAGAAGCUGGGUGAGUUCCUGCAGAGCGAUGAGAUUGGCGAUGACAGCUGGAGGAACGGAGACAUGUCUGUGUCCCUAGAGGCCUGUAAGAAACACCCUGGGGCGACCAAGGCUAUAAACAGGAAGCAGCCCCUGCUCUACCAGAUGGACAGCUAUGAGCAGCCAGCACGCAGACCACUGCGACCCAACGAGACUGAGGACGUGGCUGUCAAGGUGAACAGUGGAUUCUUCACAUGGGGAAGCAACUUGUCAACGUUGUCCGACAUCAACAUCUGCAUUCCAACAGGUCAGCUGACCAUGAUCGUUGGCCAGGUGGGUUGUGGGAAGUCGUCCCUGUUGCUGGCCAUGCUGGGAGAGAUGCAGACCCUCAGUGGAAAGGUCUACUGGAGCAAACUGCCUGUGAGUGAGAUGCUGCACGAGGCCAACAGUUGUUUUGAGACGGACGGGUCUUUUGAAGAAACCAGGAGUAAGAACAGGUACUCUGUGGGCUACGCUACCCAGAAGUCUUGGCUGCUGAAUGCCACCGUGGAGGAUAACAUCACGUUUGGCAGUCCCUUCAACAAACAGAGAUACAAGACUGUGAUUGAUGCCUGCUCCCUGCAGCCUGAUGUAGACCUCCUGCCCUUCGGAGACCAGACGGAGAUCGGAGAGAGGGGGAUCAACCUGAGUGGAGGCCAGAGACAGAGGAUAUGUGUGGCUCGGGCUCUCUACCAGAACACCAACAUAGUCUUCCUGGAUGACCCGUUCUCAGCGCUGGACAUCCACCUGAGUGACCACCUGAUGCAGGAGGGCAUCCUGAAGUUCCUACAGGAUGAUAAACGCACCGUGGUCCUGGUCACACACAAACUGCAGUACCUCAUCCAUGCUGACUGGAUCAUAGCCAUGAAGGAUGGCUCAGUGCUGAGGGAAGGCACACUGAAGGACAUUCAGACUCAUGAUGUAGAGCUGUAUGAACACUGGAAGACCCUGAUGAACAGACAGGACCAGGAACUAGAGAAGGACACUGAGAUUGAUAACUGUCAGACUGCUCUGGAGAGGAAGACCCUGAGAAGAGCUUUCUACUCCAGAGAGGCCAAGAACCAGGUCGACGAUGACGAAGAAGAGGAGGAAGAGGAGGAGGAAGAUGACGACAACAUGUCGACGACCACCAGUCGGCGCUCUAAGAUCCCGUGGAGGGUGUGCUGGCAGUACCUGUCCUCUGGUGGCUUCCUCAUGGUCUUCCUCAUGGUCUUCUCCAAGCUGCUGAAACACUCCGUCAUGGUCGCCAUCGACUACUGGCUGGCCGAAUGGACUGCUAAAGGCAAUGUCCCAGUCAAUGGGACUGCUAAUGGCAAUGUCCUAGUCAAUAGGACUGCUUAUGGUGAUGUCCUAGUCAAUAGGACUGCAUAUGGUGAUGUCCUAGUCAAUAGGACUGCAUAUGGCGAUGGCCCAGUCAAUGGGACUGCUUAUGGUUAUGCCCCAGACUUUGGAAAUGUUACAAGAGACUUUGUAAAUGCCUCUGCAGCAGCUGUCUUCUCCAAUUGGACAAACUCAGCGGCUGGUCUGCCUGACUCCUACUAUGUGCCAGUGUUUAUCAUCCUGUGUGGAGCGGGGAUAGCCCUGUGUCUGAUCACCUCUCUGACCGUGGAGUUCCUGGGUCUGUCUGCUGCUACCAACCUGCACCACAACCUGCUCAACAAGAUCAUCCACGCACCCAUCAGAUUCUUUGACGUGACCCCCUUGGGCCAGAUCCUGAACCGUUUCUCAGCUGACACCAACAUCAUAGAUCAGCACAUCCCUCCUACCCUGGAGUCUUUGACCCGCUCCACUCUGCUCUGCCUGUCAGCCAUCGGGGUCAUAGCGUUUGUCACCCCAAGCUUCCUCAUCGCUCUGAUUCCUCUGGCUGUGUCCUUCUACUUUAUACAGAAGUACUUCCGGGUCGCCUCAAAGGACCUUCAGGACUUAGAUGACUCCACCCAGCUUCCUCUGCUCUGCCACUUCUCUGAGACUGCAGAGGGACUAACCACCAUCCGAGCAUUCAGACAUGAAUCUCGAUUCAAGCAGAAGAUGCUGGAGCUGACAGAUACCAACAACACAGCCUACCUGUUCCUCUCUGCUGCCAACCGCUGGUUGGAGGUCAGAACGGACUACCUGGGUGCUGUCAUUGUGCUAACAGCAGCAGUAGCCUCAAUAUGGAGCUCUGGCAAGAACCUUCCCUCUAGCAUGGUGGGGUUAGGCCUGACCUACGCCCUUACAGUGACCAACUACCUGAACUGGGUGGUGAGGAACCUGGCUGACUUAGAGGUCCAGAUGGCUGCUGUCAAGAAGGUCAACAGCUUCCUGAGUACAGAGUCUGAGAACUACGAAGGCUCCAUGGAUACCUCCCAGGUCCCCGAGGACUGGCCCCAGCAUGGAGAGAUAAAGAUCCAGGAUCUGUGUGUCCGUUACGACCCCCUUCUGAAGCCUGUCCUCAAACACGUUAAUGCCUACAUCAACCCUGGACAGAAGGUGGGCAUCUGUGGACGCACAGGAAGUGGAAAGUCCUCCCUCUCUCUGGCCUUCUUCAAUAUGGUGGACGUGUUUGAAGGGCAGAUCAUCAUUGAUGGUAUAGACAUCUGUAAGUUGCCCCUUCAGACCCUGAGGUCUCGUCUGUCCAUCAUCCUCCAGGACCCGGUGCUGUUCAGCGGAUCCAUCCGGUUUAACCUGGACCCAGAGCGUACCUGUACUGAUGACAGACUGUGGGAGGCGCUAGAAAUCGCCCAGCUGAAGAACAUGGUCAAAGCCCUUUCUGGGGGACUGGACGCGGUGGUGACAGAGGGAGGGGAGAACUUCAGUGUGGGUCAGAGGCAGUUGUUCUGUCUGGCCAGAGCCUUCGUCAGGAAGAGCUCCAUCCUCAUUAUGGACGAAGCCACUGCAUCCAUCGACAUGGCAACGGAGAAUGUCUUACAGAAGGUGGUGAUGACAGCCUUCGCCGACCGAACAGUCGUCACUAUUGCACACCUGGUGUCCUCCAUCUUGGAGGCUGAACAGGUGCUGGUGUUCUCCGCGGGGCAGCUAGUGGAGUGUGACUCUGCAGUCAACCUGCUAGCACAGCAGGACAGCCUCUUCAGUGUCUUAGUGAGGACUCACAAGUAGGCCCUGUCCCAGCCUGCCUUCCAGGCCUCUACAGCCUCCCGGCAUCGUGUCCACACCAUCCUGGAAGCUGACCUGGUGAUCGUGAUGAAGCGAGGGAACAUCUUAGAGAUCGACAAACCAGAGACCCUUCUGGAGAACGAGGACGGCAUGUUUGCUUCCUUCGUCAGGGCUGACAUGUAGGCUCACACACUGUCAGCCAGCACACCAUCAGUCAGUCUAUCUAUCAAUUAAUCAGCCUCCUCAGUGUUUCCCACAAUGCUUAGGUGGGGCGCAGAGUUCCAGAUAUUAUUACCAUUAUUGACUGAAGCUCAUACUGUAGGUUUUAGACGGGGGAAAUGGAGCCAGGCCGGUUGACCACCUCCACUUGGUAAUGGUAGGGGAAACACUGCUUCCCAAAGCACCACUGAUGGCCUUCUUCUGUUGAUUAUUGGUAAUGUAUUAGUUAUUGAGUGAUUGAUUGAUUGAUUGAAUGAGUGACCUAUUAACUUGGUUGUGUAAGGAUCACAAUCGGUCGUAUAAUAUGAUUACAAUUUUACAAAGCUUUACUUAAAUGUUUUACGUUUAAAUGAUAUCUUUUGUUACACUUAUUACUAGAUGAUGUAUGUGUAUAUAUAUAUAUAUAUAUAUAUAUGUAUAUAUUUUACACCAUUAUUCAUAGGUAAGCAAUAAGCAGGUAUAAUGUAGUAUUACUACAUUGGUACGAACACUGUAGGGUAUAUCGCUGGAGCAUUUUUAGCCCGGUGACCCUUUGUCUGUCUGAUUAGAUGCGAUGCUGACUGAACCAUGGGACUGUGGACAUUUAGUGGUCACUGACUCCUCUUUGAAAAAGGACAGCUUUCACCGAAUGGGUGUUCUCUAAAGGACUGAAUCUUAAUGUGCACGCCUAACUUCAACUUAUACAGAACUGGUGUACUGUAAACCAUACAUUCAUGUCAAGAUGUAUGUGAAAACUUGGAGUUAUGCAUGUUGGUGUUAAGUUAAGAUCCAGACCUAAAUGAUAAGGGAAGAUUCCGCUUUCUUCUGCCUACCAUAAGCCAGGCCAGCGUUAGUUUCUACCAUACAUGGUGCUGGCUGGUGUAAUUGGUAAGGAAAGUGGUUUAUAUUUUCAGUAUUAAACCUGGUUUCUGGGGAGCUGUGCCACUGUCCCACUGUAGUACCUGAAUAUUUAUAGUUAUUUUGCAUAUCGAACAAUGAGAAUUUUAUAUUGACUUCUUUGUAUUGUAUUAUAGCCUGAAUGCCAAACUGAUUGUUGUAAGGUACACUUUGAAGAAUUUCAGUAUCUGUUUUUACCACCAUA